AUGGACAGCUCGGCCGUCAUUACUCAGAUCAGCAAGGAGGAGGCGCGGGGCCCGCUGCGGGGCAAAGGUGACCAGAAGUCAGCUUCUUCCCAGAAGCCCCGAAGCCGGGGCAUCUUCCACUCGCUCUUCUGCUGCGUGUGCCGAGAUGAUGCUGAGGCCCUGCCCGCCCACAGUGGGGCGCCCCUGCUUGUGGAGGAGAACGGCGUGGUCCCGAAGCAGACCCCAGUCCAGUACCUGCUCCCCGAGGCCAAGGCACAGGACUCAGACAAGAUCUGCGUGGUCAUCGACCUGGACGAGACCCUGGUGCACAGCUCCUUCAAGCCAGUGAACAACGCUGACUUCAUUAUCCCUGUGGAGAUUGAUGGGGUGGUCCACCAGGUCUACGUGUUGAAGCGGCCCCACGUUGAUGAGUUCCUGCAGCGGAUGGGCGAGCUCUUUGAGUGUGUGCUGUUCACUGCCAGCCUCGCCAAGUACGCAGACCCAGUAGCUGACCUGCUCGACAAGUGGGGGGCCUUUCGGGCCCGGCUCUUUCGAGAGUCAUGCGUCUUCCACCGAGGGAACUAUGUGAAGGACCUGAGCCGGCUGGGCCGAGACCUUCGGCGGGUGCUCAUCCUGGACAACUCACCCGCCUCCUACGUCUUCCACCCGGACAACGCCGUACCAGUGGCCUCUUGGUUUGACAACAUGAGUGACACUGAGCUCCACGACCUCCUUCCCUUCUUUGAGCAACUCAGCCGAGUGGACGACGUAUACUCGGUGCUCAGGCAGCCACGGCCUGGGAGCUAG